AUGCAGAUCGAUGAACAAAUCGGUAAACUCUACAACACAAUUAGAGACAGGGCCACGAGUUCGCACAAAGAGAAGAGGUCCGUACGUAUGGCGCUUAAUGCGGAAAAGCUCCACCAAUUCAUGAACGCCGCAUACGAUCACUUUUCAGAGAACCUCGAUAAGCCGUUCGACUUUGUCAAGGAGGCCCUACACCUUAACCUCAUGCCUCACGACUUUAAGGGCCAUAAGCUACACCUUGUACUCGCCGUUCGCAACGGAAUAAGUAGUAUGGGAUAUCCCAACACCGAGCGCCAGCUCCUGGAGAAGGUGAAGCCCCUGCUCGCAUCCUGUAUGACACUUGUUAUCACUCGGAACAAUCUCACAGGGACAAUCAAGGACCUCUUGAAUAGCACGUUUCGCAAACCAGUGAGAAUGGCUUUUGAAGAGCUCUGUGACAAAUGGCUACCUUGUGGCUUUGAAAGCAACGGUUAUACGUGCUGCAACAUCCGAUUUGCCCAUGUUAAGGGUCACCAGGCCUCGAAUGGCAAAAUAUUUCAGAAGGGGCCAUAUCAGUCAAGCAUCACUGACGGCCAGUUCGAGGGGUGGUUUAAUGGAUUCGGUGCAGAGCUGAAGAAGAUGAUGGAAGAGUUCCCACGUGCCGGAAGCGAAAAGGACAAUGCUUGGGGUAAGCAUCUUCAGCACUUGGAGCGCUUAUAUGACGACAACUCAAAGCUCUCCCACUCGGAAAAUGUCAGCCACGGGACUUGUUUUUGCUGCAUGAACAACGUUCCAGAGCAUGUCUUGCCUUGUGGGCAUAUUUUGCGCACCGAGUGUGUUAGCGCCCUUGGUGAUCAUAAAGAACGGGACAUCAUGCUCGUCAGAUAUUGCCCCUUUCACCGCCACACGCAUAAUUGGGACAAGGAUCCAGUUCAGAUUAGGUUCAAGCCAGAGGGUGCUGGAAUACGCACUUUAAGCGGUGGACGGGGUCUUGUUAAGUUGAUCAUGCUGGAGGAACUACAAAAACUUCUCAACAACAUCCCCGUGCAAAACUUUUUAAAUCUGAUUGUGGGUACCAGCACCGGAGGAAUCGUUUCUCUCGGCCUGGGCGUAAAAAAUCUUGCUGUAUCAGAGUGCAUACGCGAUUUCAAGGACCUCUGCGGGAAGGCAUUCACCCCCCGAAGACUGAAAAAGCUGUGA